AUGGUUCAGGUCAGCGCCAUCUCGGAGCUGGGGCGCCAGAGUCGGUGGCAGAGGGCCCAGGUGCUGCUGCAGAAGUUGGAGCGUCGGAAGCUGCAGCCGGAGAUCAAGGUCUUCGGCGCGCUGGUGGGCGCCUCUGCUUUGGGAGCCCAGUGGCAGCAGGCGCUGCAACUGCUGCAAGACCUGGAGACACGGAAGCUGCAGGCGAACGAUGUGUGCUGCAACGCCGCCAUCUCGGCCUGCGAGAGGAGCCAAAGGCCUUCGGAGGCGCUGCGGCUUUUCGCAAGCCUGGAGGACCCAGAUGUGAUCGCCUACUCUGGCGUGAUCUCCGCGUGCGCGCGGGCCCACGCCUGGGAGAGGACUCAGGAGCUCCUCGCCGAGUUCCACCAGAAAGGCUUCGAGGCCACCUAUCGGGUGCAUCUGGCGGAGAUCUUGGUGCGCAAGGAGGCGGCGCAGUGUCAGCUCUGGGAGGCCGCGCUGGCCUGGGCCGCAGAGCAGGAGUUGGAUGAGGACCGGGCCUGCGUGCUGGUGCGGGGCUGCGGUGCUCAGUGGCCCAAAGCUUUGGCCGUGAUGGCGGAGACGGCUGUGGCGCCCACCCGGCGGAUCUACGACAGCAUGAUGAAGGUGACGAUGGCAGGGGAGGAAGCCUCCGACGCGGACAUGCUGUGGGAUUGAGAGGCCAAAAAUGUGGUGCGCGGAGGAAGCACUCAGGGGACUCAAAC